AUGCGCAUCCAGGCCAAGCACGCACACAUCAGCACCGCUCCCGACCAGUUGUCCAACUUCUUCCUCAAGCUCGUGGUCCACCGCAAGUACUUUACCUACUCGGCCGCGGAGGCCGAGGCGUGGAAGGCGCGCGAGGAGUCGGAGACACGCCAGACGGAGGCGGAGUCGAGCGAAGUGGAGAAAGGCGCCGCGCACGAGAGGCGAGAGUCGCGGGCUGACGAGGCGACGUCAACGAGAGUCGCCAGCAAGCGAUCGCCGGUGUGCGUCAUGAGCGCGGGCUACAUCACGGGAUUCAUCAACGAGUGUCUGAGCGCAAGCCAGGGCGACAAAGCCCCGGUCACCCAGCUCAGCGCGCUCGAAGUUGGAUGCUCUGCGCUUGCGGGGCACGGAAGCUGCACGUUCAUCGUGGCGCCGCGGGAGGGCCUGAGCCAGAGCGCGCAGCAGUUCCUGGACCGUUCCAAGAAGAAGCGAAGCUAUUGCGGACAUCCGCAGCUGCGGCUCCAUCUCACCGCACCCGCCGCACCACCGCCUUCUCGCCCGACCAAGAAGCCAGCGUAG